AUGUCCUCGUUUCCUCCUCAGAGAGAUGAUGGAGAGAUGGAGUCUACCUGCAGAUCAUCAGAGGACGGAGAUAUUCUUAGCAGAGGGCAGAGCAACACCACCUCCUCCUCCUCCUCCUCCUCUGUCUUCAACUCUGAGGUAAAACCAUCAUCUUAAAGGGAUAUUCCGGUGUAAAAUUAAUUUAGGGUCAAACACACCGAGUUAGACCCCCCCUCCAGAGAUGAAUGUUGCCGACCGCUUACUUCUCUAGUUAUACCAACUUUAGUAACGACCGCAGGAUAGAAAUACAGAGAGCCACGCCCCCAACCAAAACGCCACUCUAUAGCCAUAAAUAAUGCUCAGAACAGCACCUAACUUCAUCAACAGGACAUACAAACACAACUCACCUACUCUCUUCCAGCAGCCGCUUGUUUGUAGUGAGACCUCAGGCCAGUCCAUUACGGACUACAGCGGGGUGCCACAGCUCAAGGAAGAAAAUUUUUGAUCAUUUCUUCAUGGAAAUACAAUCAGACCGAGACGCUAAGACAGAAGAACUACUGCGUCUGUAAAAUGAUCAAUAUGGUGAUUAUUACUUCAAGGAAAUGAUAAAGAAAUGAUCAUAAAUGUUCUUCCUUGAGCUGCGGCACCCCGCUGUAGUCUGUAAUGGACUGGCCUGAGGUCUCUCUACAAACAAGCAUCUGCUGGAAGAGAGUAGGUGAGUUGUGUUUAGUCUCUAUUUGAAGAGGUUUGGGGGUCAUAUAUUCUCCUGAGUUCACAGAAACAAACUCUUCUGACAGUUUUACUUGUUUUAGUGACUUUAAAGUUGAAGACAGCCAUCUGUACUAAAGAAGAGUUUAAAGAAUAAGAACUGAGUCAAAGAUACAACUCUGUUCAUCCUCAUCAUCAUCAUCAUCAUCAUCAUCACUACAGUGAAGGUCAGGCAGAGUCUCCAUCCAGUCCAGAGCAGCUGGUUUUUGACUCCAGCUCAGUCAGAACGACUCUGGAUCUAAAUAGAGGCUCCACAUUUAGCCUCUGUGUGCGUGUGCAUGUGUGUGUGUGUGUAUUAUUCAUGGUUACUGGGCGGAUGCUGGGUGUGUGUUUGGGCGUCUGGCAGACUGAGAUAUCUGAUCCAUGAAGCAUGAGGAGGACAGGUUUUUCUUACAGCCGGAGAAGACCAGAAAAACUCCUGAGUGGAGCUUUAAUGUCGCUGAUUUUACAGACCUGUGGGUUCGAACCUCGUUAAUAAAGUCUAAUGAAUGAACAACGAUGAAACAACACACCUGUGAACACACACACACACACACACACACACACACACACACACACACACACACACACACAUUCAGACCCGGCUUCAGGCUGUUUAUGACACACACAGCAUGAAUGCCUCGUCUUGUUGGGCACAAAACCAACCAAUAAACACACACACCCUCCCCCUCUCUUUAACUCUCUCAAACACACACUUACAGCCACACACACACACACACACACACACACACACACACACACACACACACACACACACACACACACAGGGUGAAUGAAUGGCUGAAUAGAGCAGGACCAUGCCUGAAUGAACUCCGCCCACAGACCGACAGAGAACAGUCUGAUCUGAAGAGUCAGACGUCAGCUUCACCUCCAACACACCCAGACAGGAACGACACACUGAGGAGAACUGAAGAAGAAGAAGAAGAAGAAGAAGAAGAAGAAGAAGAAGAAGAAGAAGAAGAAGAAGUUCAGGUGUUUCCUUCAAACACUUUUUUAAUCCUGCCAAAUCACAGGAACACAGCUGGAUCAAUCCGCCACUGA